AUGCCACAUCAAGUUCAUCAAGAACCGGCUCGCUUCUUCCCUCUUGUGCUCGUGCUAACCGCAUUGAAGUGGAACGUUUUCGAACAAGUACACUUCAUGUGGAUGAUGCCAAUUGCCUUCUUUCUCGGUGUCGUUGUUCCUUUGGUUCGGUGGGGGCUUUCGCGCCCCAACAAUCGGUUGACUCACGUCCCGAUUGCUAGCAAUGCUGACUGCUCGGCCGGCGUGCCGUUGCGGGCGGCCAGGGAAAAGCUCCAGUGGUUCCAUGCAAGGCGCAAGCCUGCGAGUAUUCUGGUAUGUUGUUUUCUACACGACCAGUAG